UCAGCUGAUCACGUAAACAACAAUGUCGGCUCUGACUCUCUCCAAAAUACCAAAAAGGCUUACUGCUGCACCAUGGCGGGCUCUAAUGACAAGAUAUAUAUCGACUACUUAUCCUUUGCAACAACAAGCACAAGAAGCCAGCGAAUUCUACAAGCAAGAACACCGAGAACUGCAGAAUUCGUUGAAGAAGUUGAUUGACACAGAAAUCAACCCACAUGUUGACAGGUGGGAGGCUGAAGGACAGUUUCCAGCCCAUAAGGUCUUCAAGAAGCUCGGACAGGCAGGUUUCCUUGGUGUCACAAAGCCUGAAGAAUAUGGAGGACUUGGCUUGGACUACACAUACAGUGUUGCCAUGGGGGAGGCUCUUGGCAAUGUCACCUGCGGUGCAAUCCCAAUGGCUGUUGCUGUGCAGACUGACAUGGCAACACCUGCACUUGCCAGGUUUGGAAGUGACUAUGUCAAAGAGCAGUUCCUAGCUCCAAGCAUAUCAGGAGACUUGGUCUCAUGUCUUGGGGUAAGUGAACCCUCUGGUGGAUCAGAUGUAGCCAGCUUAAAGACAACGGCCAGGCGAGAAGGGGACGACUUCAUCAUCAAUGGCCAAAAGAUGUGGAUAACGAACGCUUUCCAGGCUGACUGGAUGUGCCUUCUGGCCAACACCUCACAGGGGGCUCCACACAAGAACAAGUCCCUGAUCUGCGUGCCCAUGGAUACUCCAGGAAUACAUCUAAACAAGAGGAUUGACAAAAUGGGAAUGCGUUCUUCGGAUACAGCACAGAUUUUCUUUGAGGAUGUGAGAGUUCCUGCAAAGAACAUCAUUGGCCAAGAAGGAAUGGGUUUCACGUAUCAGAUGUUGCAGUUUCAAGAGGAACGUCUGGCUGCAGCUGCCUUGACUCUGGCCCCCUUGGAGAUCUGUAUCCGGGAAACCAUCAAGUACACAAAGGAUAGGAUGGCCUUUGGUCAGCCUCUCCUCAACAACCAGUACAUCCACUUCCGCCUGGCUGAACUUGAGACAGAAGUUGAGUGUCUUAGGUCCUUGCUGUAUAGGGCAACAGAACUCUAUGUUGGUGGUGAAGAUGUUACCAAGUUGGCAUCCAUGUGUAAACUGAAGAGUGGUCGACUAGUGAGGGAAAUUUCUGACUCGUGUCUGCAGUUCUGGGGAGGCAUGGGAUUCACAAAUGAGGUUCUAGUGAGUCGUUUCUACCGGGACCUUAGGCUUGUGUCCAUUGGAGGAGGGGCGGAUGAAGUGAUGCUGAGUAUCAUCUGCAAGUAUAUGGGCAUCUUGCCACAAACACCAAAAAAGAAAAAGUAAAGACAGCACUGGAGGACAUGUAAAAAAUUAGUUUACAGGAAUUAUGACAUGAGCAUUUUAAAAUCAACUUUUUUUCUUGCACUGUGAUUUGUAAAAAAAGGAAAAUAACUGCUGUUAAAUGUUAAUAACAAUGUCAUUACUGAUGGAGUGCUUAUGUAUGUACCAUCCACUUAUACUUUUAGUUUGGGCUCAACAGUUAUAGGGAUGAUAUUGGCCCCAUAAAAGAGUAGGUAAAAUAUACCAGGGAAAAGGCAUUAUAACAGGAGCAGUAAUCUAAUAAAAAUUCUAAACUAUGCUAAUUUCAUAGAAAAAAGACACACUCUGCAUCACCUUUUGCAAAAGAGAUGAGUAUGUACUUUGUUCUUUCAUAUUUUGGUUACUUGCCAAGGCUUUAUCUUACCAGAACAUUCGAAGCAGAAAGUUUUCUGGGAUUAGUGGGGUGGCAGCCCUUGUAAAUUGAGUAACUUCUUUAUUAUUCUUAUUAUAGCAUUUGUACGCGUGUGUAUUAUAAUUUUUUUUGUGUUUAGCAGUCAAUUCCUUUAGUGCAGCUGUUUUUUAAGGCUAUAACUUGUUUUCUUAUGUAAAAUCUUUUUUUUCCUCUUUGGGUAAAAUUAUUAUUUGCAAAACUACUAAAGAAAAAUCGUAGUGGGAAGAAAAAAAGUAAUGAGUCCUUUGAAAGAAUAUGAAUAAAACAAAUUCAUGAUGAGUUGAAAAAACAACAACAUCCCAUACAUUUCAAUGCAAUGCAACUAGGUUAAGAAUUAUAUUUUAGUGAUUACUACAAGUAAUGGAAACAUGUUUAUGUUUUCCUUAAACGAAGGUGCUAUAGUGACAUCAGGAAUCUGUACAGAUAACAUUAGUUAUGUUUUUCAAACAAAAAUGCUGUGGUUUAGAUUGACCUAAGUACUACAUAAUUUGGUAGUGAAGAUAACGCAGUUUGUUUUUAGGGCUGGUUUUAUGUCAUACUAAAUUAUAGUAAUUAAUUGGUUGCCACAAGAGUGGUUUUUAUAAAUCUCAUCUUGAUAGGUACUGUAUUAUUAAUAACUAGAAGGUAGCACCAUUGAUAAUGUAAAUUUAUUCUUCUGAUAUAUUUUUAUCAAGAUUUAGAUUAGUAUUAAAAUGUAACUUAGCCAAAAGAAAAUUCAUGUUAAAUAAAAUUUAUAUGCAAAACUGUAA